UCGCGGGUCCCGCCGCCGCCACCACCUCUACCGCCACCGCCAACCGCCGCCAGCAGCAUGUCUCGGAGGAAGAUUUCAUCCGAGUCCUUCAGCUCCCUGGGCUCCGACUACCUGGAGACCAGCCCCGAGGACGAGGGGGAGUGCCCUCUGUCCAGGCUCUGCUGGAAUGGCAGCCGGAGCCCGCCCGGGCCGCCCGAGCCCAGCGCUGCGGCCGCUGCUGCCGCCGCCACCGCCACCUCCACCGCCGCCCCGGCCCCGGCUGCCUCUGCCGCGGCCGCCGCCGCCACGGCCGGGGCCAGGAGGGUGCAGCGCCGGAGGCGGGUCAACCUGGACUCGCUGGGCGAGAGCAUCAGCCGCCUGACGGCGCCCUCGCCUCAGAUAAUCCAGCAGACACUCAAGAGGACCUUGAAAUACUAUGAGCAUCAAGUGCUUGGUUACAGGGAUGCAGAAAAGAAUUUCCACAAUAUCUCUAACAGAUGCUCCUAUACAGAUCAUGCCAACAAAGAGGAAAUUGAAGAUGUCUCAGGAAUACUCCAGUGUACUGCUAAUAUACUCGGUUUGAAGUUUGAGGAAAUUCAAGAAAGAUUUGGUGAGGAGUUCUUUAAUAUAUGCUUUGAUGAGAAUGAAAGAGUCCUUCGAGCUGUAGGUGGCACAUUGCAGGACUUUUUUAAUGGCUUUGAUGCUUUAUUGGAACACAUUAGAACUUCUUUUGGAAAACAGGCCACUCUGGAGUCACCGUCUUUCCUAUGCAAAGAGCUCCCUGAAGGUACUCUCUUGCUCCACUACUUCCACCCUCACCACAUCGUGGGGUUUGCAAUGCUGGGAAUGAUUAAGGCUGCAGGAAAGAAGAUCUACCGCCUUGACUUGGAAGUGGAACAGGUUGCAAAUGAGAAGCUGGGCUCUGAGGGUUCAAACCCAGGCAAUUGUAGCUGUCUUACUUUCCUUAUCAAAGAAUGUGAGAACACUAACGUCACAAAGAAUCUUCUACAAGGAACUUCCCAGGUUCCUACAGAUCUCAGAAUUAGCAUCAACACCUUCUGCAGAGCCUUCCCCUUCCAUCUAAUGUUUGACCCCAACAUGUCAGUCCUGCAACUGGGUGAAGGCCUAAGGAAGCAACUCCGAUGUGACACUCACAAAGUGCUCAAGUUUGAGGACUGCUUCGAAAUUGUUUCCCCAAAGGUUAAUGCCACCUUCGAGAGGGUCCUGUUGCGGCUGUCCACCCCAUUCGUGAUUAGGACCAAGCCUGAGGCUUCUGGUACUGAAAAUAAAGACAAGGUGAUGGAGGUCAAAGGACAAAUGAUCCACGUCCCAGAAUCAAGUUCCAUCUUGUUUUUGGGCUCCCCGUGUGUAGACAAGUUAGAUGAGCUCAUGGGCCGAGGACUGCAUCUCUCGGACAUUCCUAUUCAUGAUGCCACCCGGGAUGUCAUUUUGGUUGGUGAGCAGGCAAAGGCCCAAGAUGGCUUGAAGAAAAGGAUGGACAAAUUAAAGGCAACUUUAGAAAGAACUCACCAGGCCCUCGAAGAAGAGAAAAAGAAAACUGUGGAUCUUCUUUAUUCUAUUUUUCCUGGAGAUGUAGCUCAGCAGUUAUGGCAAGGGCAGCAGGUGCAGGCCCGAAAGUUCGAUGAUGUCACCAUGCUCUUCUCAGACAUCGUGGGCUUCACAGCCAUCUGUGCUCAGUGUACCCCCAUGCAAGUGAUCAGCAUGCUGAACGAACUGUACACCAGGUUUGACCACCAAUGUGGAUUUUUGGAUAUCUACAAGGUGGAAACAAUAGGUGAUGCCUACUGUGUUGCAGCAGGGCUGCACAGAAAAAGCCUCUGUCACGCAAAACCCAUUGCUCUGAUGGCCUUGAAGAUGAUGGAGCUUUCAGAAGAAGUGCUGACACCUGAUGGAAGGCCAAUUCAGAUGAGGAUAGGGAUUCACUCAGGCUCUGUGCUAGCUGGAGUUGUUGGGGUGAGAAUGCCAAGAUAUUGCCUGUUUGGAAAUAAUGUCACUCUGGCAAGCAAAUUUGAAUCAGGAAGUCACCCUCGGCGCAUCAACGUCAGCCCGACCACUUACCAAUUAUUAAAGCGAGAGGAAAGUUUUACAUUCAUUCCUCGCUCCCGUGAAGAGCUUCCUGACAACUUCCCAAAGGAAAUCCCGGGAAUCUGCUACUUUCUGGAGGUAAGGACUGGUCCCAAGCCACCGAAGCCUUCGCUGUCCUCAUCGAGAAUAAAAAAGGUUUCCUACAACAUUGGCACCAUGUUCCUCCGGGAGACAAGCCUCUGAGACCUGCUACGGAUCAAAGACUCCUCCCAAAAAGCACAAGCCCAGACCUUGGGUCAGAACCGGAGUGGAGAGAGAGACUAUUCUCUUACAUUGCUUUGGUGAGAAUGAGCAGUGGGAUUUGGCAGUCAGGCAAUAAUCCUAGGGAAAGGGAGUGACUCCUAUCAAU